UGGGAUCGUGGUAGAGCGCUCCAGCCGGUGUAGGGUAUACUUUUCUUCUACAAGAUGAGUAACAGUCACCCUCUCCGUCCUUACACAGCGGUAGGGGAAAUUGACCAUGUUCACAUUCUCUCUGAUCAUGUUGGUGUUUUGAUGAAUGGGGAAGAGUACAGCGAUGUUACCUUCAUCGUCGAAAAGAAACGUUUUCCUGCUCACAGAGUGAUUCUGGCAGCGAGGUGUCAGUAUUUCAGAGCACUGCUGUAUGGUGGAAUGCGUGAAUCUCAGCCUGAAGCAGAAAUUCCUCUCCAAGACACCACUGCAGAAGCCUUUACAAUGUUAUUAAAAUAUAUUUACACGGGUCGUGCCACAUUAAGAGAUGAGAAGGAGGAGGUCCUCUUAGACUUCUUGAGUUUGGCUCAUAAAUAUGGAUUCCCUGAACUGGAAGAUUCCACCUCUGAAUAUCUUUGCACUAUUCUUAACAUUCAGAAUGUUUGCAUGACCUAUGAUGUUGCAAGUCUCUACUCACUUCCCAAACUGACCUGUAUGUGCUGCAUGUUUAUGGACAGAAAUGCUCAAGAGGUGCUCGCUAGUGAAGGCUUCCUGUCACUGUCUAAGGCAGCUCUUCUCAGUAUUGUACUGAGAGAUUCAUUUGCAGCUCCUGAAAAGGAUAUUUUCCAAGCCUUGGUGAACUGGUGUAAACACAACCCCAAGGAAAAUCAUGCUGAAAUAAUGCAGGCAGUACGCUUGCCACUGAUGAGCUUGACAGAGCUUUUAAAUGUUGUAAGGCCUUCUGGAUUGCUCUCUCCUGAUGCGAUUUUGGAUGCCAUUAAAGUUCGAUCAGAAAGUCGGGACAUGGACCUCAACUAUAGGGGCAUGUUAAUACCAGGUGAGAACAUUGCCACUAUGAAAUAUGGAGCCCAAGUGGUUAAAGGGGAAUUGAAAUCUGCUUUGUUAGAUGGAGACACGCAAAACUAUGAUUUGGAUCAUGGGUUUUCCCGGCAUCCCAUUGAUGACGACUGCCAUUCUGGUAUUGAAAUUAAAUUAGGUCAACCAUCAAUAAUCAACCACAUACGAAUACUGCUCUGGGACCGUGAUAGCAGAUCUUACUCCUAUUAUAUUGAAGUGUCUAUGGAUGAGCUGGACUGGAUUCGUGUAAUUGAUCACUCCAGAUAUCUUUGUCGGUCAUGGCAAAAACUGUAUUUUCCAGCCCGGGUCUGCAGGUAUAUCAGAAUAGUUGGAACACACAACACAGUGAACAAGGUUUUCCAUAUUGUGGCUUUUGAAUGCAUGUUUACCAACAAAACUUUUACUCUUGAGAAAGGUCUCAUAGACUUCCACAUUGCCCCACAAACUGUUCUGAAGGUCCAGUGCCUCUUUCUGGAAGACAGUAGCCUGCCAAACAGAUAUAAGGCUCUAAGUGCAAAAGGUAUUACUGUUGACUACUUUUUGGACAACACAAUUGGAAAGAGGAAAGUUGUAUUAUUUAUUUCUGCAAAGCCACUUAUAGUGGUAUUAAUGCUGAAAAUAGUCUUGAUUCUUCUCUAUUCUUCUCUAUCGCUGUCUCCGGAUAAAUCUGGUGUAAUGGUUUUUGUUGCUCAUCUGAGUGUCCACUUUAAUUAUUUUAAAGCAAUUGCACUUGUGUCGGGCAGUCUGCUCUUGGAAGUGUUCCACAAGUUCCUUCCCAAAGUCCUACACAUAUUGGAAAUUCCAGUCAGCAGUCAGGGAACAGAAAAACCUGGAUCAAAGUAUCCUAAGGGUUCUACCAGGACUUUCCCACAAGAGUGGGCAAUCCCACUGGGGAUCCUCUUCCCUGUGUUGUUUGAGAGGGUGGUGCAAUCCAAGUGGGAAACCCGAGCCAGGCCAAAGUCAAAUCACCACAUCACUCUGAAAUUUUGUUCCCUGGGGCCAGAUGCUGCUGAGCUCUUCAAUCUUCCAUUGGUGGAUGACGCUGUGUCUACCCUGUACUCCAACACUGUCCUACCAGCGCAGACAGGCUGGCCAGGGAGGGACCCUUGUGACAGAAAAAUUGAGCAGGCGCUACAAAAAGAUUUUGAUGCCUUGACCGCCUUAAGAGUGGCCACUGCAUGCACAUUGUUUGCCAGGGCUGCCUAUUCACGGACAUCAGACCUUUCAGCAGCCAAUAGCAAUGUACCUAAAGGGCUGAAAGAUGACUUGAAAAAGAUUACCUUGGCAGUGGCCUUCUCGGCAGACAACUCCUUGGAUGCCAUCCAGCUGUCUGCCAGGACCAUGGCAGCAAACGUAACUGUCAGGAAGAAUAUGUGGCUUCAUAGUUGGAAAGUAAAUCCAUCUGUGCGGGCAAAAGGUGGAUCUAAUAGCCAAGAGACAGUGCAAGCUGGUUCAGCCCCCGGUACUGCUGUUACAGGACCUCUUGUGGUAGACAGAUCACAGCAGGUUCCUGGAGGGGGCUCCUCUAAGGGAACUGAAGAGGAUGCUCAUGAUUUCAGAUUUGCCCAUGCAGAAUACGUUCUAGCCCAGACACUUUGUGGUGCAAUCGUAGUACAGCUGGCACAACCUUACAUGAUUGGAUCAAUUCGGUUACUUCUCUGGGAUUGUGAUGACAGAAGCUACAGCUACUACAUAGAAGUUUCUACUAAUCAGCAGCAGUGGACCAUGGUGGCUGACAGAACAAAGAUUUCCUGCAAAUCUUGGCAAGCUAUAUGUUUUGACAGACAACCAGCAUCUUUUAUCAGAAUCGUUGGAACUCACAACACAGCUAAUGAGGUGUUUCACUGCGUUCAUUUUGAGUGUCCAGCCCAAACUGCUGCCCACAAAGAAGAAGCUAGUGAAGAUGAUGUGGGCACAGGUGGUCAGCAGCUAGCAUCCCGUCCAUCUCAAGCUUCAAGCACCAGUUCUGUGCACUUCUUCCCAGGAGCCACCUCGCACUCCUAGGCCUACCAACUAUAA